GUCCGGGUUCUGUGAAGGUGUCCCGGGGAAGUAGAGCACGGAGCCGCUGAAAGAGCGGCAAAUAAGGCGGACGGCGGGGGCUCCCUUGCCGGUUCUGUCUGAAGAAAAGGCAGCGGGGAAAACCUGGGACAAAGCAGGCUGGGGUUCGUCGCUGGUUUUAAAAGAAAACUCAUGAAGCACUCCUAUAGUUGAUGAUUCUUUCAAAUUUGAGGAAUGGCUUAAAUCCAGCUACUUCGAAAUUAGUGUUUGGAUAUCAUACCAUUCAAGUAGAGAUGAAAAUUUAUGACAAGUGGAAAUGUGUUCUGAAAGAAAUUUUAUGAAAUAAGAAUCAACUUGAAUGCAGAAUGGGAAUGUUUUUUUCAAUCAUUAGAUUUGAAAAUCUCUAUGAACUGAAAAGACUAUGCCACUGGGGGCCAAUCAUAGCCCUUACUGUAAUAGCAAUAUGUUCUGCCAUGGCUAUCAUCGAUGCAGUCCUGUGGUACUGGCCUUUGGAUACAACAGGAGGAAGUAUUAAUUUCAUCAUGCUCAUCAACUGGACUAUUAUGAUCCUUUAUAACUACUUCAAUGCCAUGUUUGUUGGCCCUGGUUAUGUUCCUAUUGGCUGGAAACCAGAAAAUUCUCAGGACUGCAUGUAUCUUCAAUACUGUAAAAUAUGCCAAUCUUACAAAGCACCACGUUCACAUCACUGCCGAAAAUGUAACAGGUGUGUGAUGAAGAUGGACCACCACUGUCCAUGGAUUAAUAACUGCUGUGGAUUUCAGAAUCAUGCCUCAUUUACACUCUUUCUUCUACUAGCCCCUCUGGGCUGUAUCCACGCUGCUUUUAUUUUUGUCAUGACCGUGUAUACUCAGCUUUAUAACAGGGUCUCCUUUGGCUGGAGUUCUGUGAAAAUUGAUAUGAGUGCAGUCAGGAGGGAUCCCCGCCCAAUAAUCCCUUUCGGAUUGCCUGCAUUUGCUGCCUCUUUAUUUGCCCUGGGACUGGCCUUAGGUACUACGCUAGCUGUUGGCAUGUUGUUUGUUAUCCAGAUGAAAAUCAUCAUAAGGAAUAAAACUUCAAUAGAAUCAUGGAUUGAAGAAAAGGCCAAAGACCGCAUUCAGUAUUAUCAUACAGAAGAAGUCUUUAUAUUUCCUUAUGACCUAGGAAGCAAAUGGGAAAACUUCAAGCAAGUCUUUACAUGGUCUGGAAAUCCAGAGGGAGAUGGCCUGGAAUGGCCUCUAAGAGAAGGCUGCCAUCAGUACAGUUUAACAAUUGAGCAGUUAAAACAGAAAGCUGACAAGAGAGUGAGAAGUGUACGGUACCAAGCAAUAGAAGACUAUAAUGGUGCCUUUUGCCCUGUUACAAAAGGCAUAAGGACUUUCUGCACAACUCCAUGCACUGAGGAGCCUAGAAUUAUCCUUCGCAAGAGAGACCAUAUUUUAGCCACCCGAGGACUGAAGCAUUGGAUGUAUGGCGACAAAAUUAUUGACCGGGCAACAAAUGAUGGGGAGAGAAUCAGAGGUUGGUUCCCAAGAAAAUGUGUUGAAAAAUGCCUGUAUGAUUCUGAAUCAGAUCAGCCGUUGGAUGGAGAAAAGAAAGCAAGAUAACUCUGUGAUAACUGGAAAAGUUUGCUUUGGACCACUGUCCUCCUACUUCAGCGGUUCUCAACCUAUGGGUCGCGACCCCAUUUGGGGUCGAUCGACCAUUUCACGGGGGGGGUCGCCAAGCAAGGCUGUCCGCCAUUUUUUCCCCUUUUCUGGCGGGUGCCUUACCUCCCUUG